AUGGAUGACGGAAGGAACUCCCGCAUUACCACCUCGUUUCUGCUGGCAAACCUGCACUGUCCGUCGUGUGUCUCAUCAAUUCAGCAGGCCCUUCAGGAAUCAUCCAGCCACGAUGUCAUUUGGGUUUCACCAAACGUUGUCACGUCCGUCGUCACCAUUGAACACAGAGACACGCCAACCCCGGACAUCACCAUACGAUGCAUGGCCAAGUCACUUCAAGAUGCUGGUUUCGAAAUUUGUGGUGUCACUACCACAGCUGCUACCGAUACCGACCUGGACACCAUCACCCAGAGCCAACCGCAAGCUGCAGCGUAUGACAUCCCUCACAACAGCGCCCUCGACGGGCUGCUUUCCUUCGCCCCCAGAUGGUCCAGUGAAUCACCCGAGGCGCAGCGGGAAGCCCACCUUCUCAACUGCAAGCAGUGCCGCGAAUCAGAGGAUUCCUCUCAUAGCGAAGGCCAAGUCGUGCCGUCCAACUCAAACGGACACCAGAGCCGUCUGCAAAACUCAAGCAAAAGCAAUGGCCGCGAGGGUGUGAAAGCAAUGGCACCAGACGGAUCCAAAUGGCGGGCAACACUCUCUGUUGGCGGCAUGACUUGCGCGUCUUGCGUGAAUGCCAUCAGAGAGGAGUUGAACAAGAGGGAUUGGAUCGAAAAUGCCACCGUCAACCUGGUCACCAACAGCGCCACGGUCGACUUCACCGACAAGUCCAACGCGCUAAAGAUCGCAGAGGCCAUUGAAGACAUGGGCUACGAUGCCAGUCUUGACAGUCUUGCUGAAAAUGGCAAUAACGGCGAUGAAGACAGCGGAGAUGAUACCGAGAGAAAAAAGUGGAGGAUGACCGUCGCCAUCGGCGGCAUGACUUGUGCCUCAUGUGCCAAUACUAUCACAGAACAGCUAAACAAGAAGGCCUGGAUCUCCAACGUCGCCGUCAACCUGGUUGCGAACAGCGCCACGAUCGACUACACAGUAGAAGGCAAGCAGGACGACAUCGUCCAGACUAUCGACGACAUGGGCUACGACGCCACCCUGGACACCGUAACGAGAGUCAAGUCUGAAGAGAAGGGCGCACAGCAGCGAACCGUCCAGAUCUCCAUUAAGGGUUUAUACUGUCAACACUGUCCCAGCCGGGUGACGCACUCUCUCACGUCCUUCACGGAUCGGCUCAAGGUCGUUUCCCAGCCUACUCAUGAGAAACCUCUAGUGACCGUCAAGUACACGCCCAGCGCGCCGCUUUUCACCAUUCGGCAGAUUCUGUCUGCCAUUGAUGCUGCCGACCCUUCCUUCAAGGCAUCCAUCUACCACCCUCCCAGUCUCGAGGAGCGAUCCAAGAUCAUCACCCAAAAGCACCAACAGCAACUUCUCCGACGAGUCUACUUGACCUUUGUUAUGACCAUUCCCACUUUCAUCAUCGGCAUCGUCUACAUGAGUCUGAUCCCCGACACGGACCAUGGCAAGCAUUAUCUCAUGGAGCCCUGGACUUCAGGCCUCAACCGGGCACAGAUUGCUCUAUUCAUUCUCUCCACCCCCGUCUACUUCUUUGGGGCCGACGUCUUCCAUGUCCGAGCGGUCAAGGAGAUCCGAAAUCUGUGGCGCCCGGGAAGCAGGACACCCAUUCUUCGACGAUUUUACAAGUUUGGAAGCAUGAACAUGCUCAUGUCUCUUGGCACGACCAUUGCCUACGUGUCCUCGAUAAGCCAGAUGAUUUCUGCUGCUAUUAGCAAGCCAGCCGAGGUCGACGACACUCAUUUCUACUUCGACUCGGUCGUCUUCUUGACGCUGUUCCUCCUCCUGGGUCGUUUGAUCGAGUCGUACAGCAAGUCCAAGACGGGUGACGCGGUCGAGAUGCUGGGCAAGCUGCGUCCCACCACCGCCAUUCUCGUCAACAAGGACUCCACCGGCAAAACUACCGAUUCGGUCGUCGGCGUCGACAUGCUCGAGUACGGAGACAUUGUCCGCGUGCCCCAUGGCGCAUCGCCCGCAGCGGACGGCAUUGUGGUGCAGGGCGAGAGCAGUUUCGACGAGUCCAGCUUGACGGGCGAGUCUCGGCUGAUCAAGAAGAUGCCCGGCGAUGAGGUCCACGCUGGCACGGUAAACAAGAACUCGGCCAUUCAAGUCCGCAUCACGGGUGCUGCCGGGGCGUCCAUGCUGGACCGGAUCGUCUCCAUUGUUCGCGAAGGUCAGACGAAGAGGGCGCCUAUGGAGCGCGUCGCCGAUGUUUUGACGGCCUACUUCGUCCCCAUCAUCACCUUGAUCGCCGUCGUCACUUGGCUGACGUGGAUGAUUCUUGGGUACACCGGCGCCAUUCCAGGACGAUACCUUGAUUCGGAGAGCGGAUGGAUGGCCUUUGCCCUGCAAUUCGCCAUUGCUGUCUUCGUUGUUGCUUGUCCUUGUGGUCUUGCUCUGGCGGCCCCGACCGCCAUCUUUGUCGGUGGCGGUCUCGCUGCCAAGCAUGGUAUUCUCGCCAAGGGAGGAGGGGAGGCGUUCGAAAAGGCCAGCAAUGUUGACGUUGUCGUGUUCGACAAGACUGGCACACUAACCGUGGGCGGCGAACCCAAGGUUACUGACUCCAAGUUGUUUCUUAACAAGGAGGAUGCUGUUAACCUGGAGUCCAGCAUGGUUUUGGCCACACUGCGAGCAAUCGAGGAGAACAGCAGUCAUCCGGUGGCAAAGGCCAUUGUUUCCUACUGCAUCACGCAGACCGAAACUUGGGCCGAUGUUGACGGCCUCCAGGAGCUCCCGGGCAAGGGCAUGAAGGCAACCAAUCGCGGAGAGAAGCCAGACGAGUCAUUUGACAUGAUUGUUGGCAACGAGUCUCUAAUGCGCGAUCACGCCGUUGACUUUGCCGAAGAGGUUUCCUUUCAGCUUCAAAAGUGGAAGAGUGAGGCUAAAUCGGUCGCUUUGGUGGCUGUCAGACCUACCACGGCCAAGCCCGACGUCGCCUGGACCCUCGUCGCAGUGCUCUCAAUCUCGGAUCCGAUACGCCCGGAGGCAAUCCGCAUCAUUAAGGCACUUCACGACCAGGGAACCCGCGUCUGGAUGCUUUCCGGCGAUAACGUCGUCACGGCCAAGGCCGUGGCCAAACUCGUGGGCAUCGACCCGGAGAACGUUCUGGCCGAGGUCCUUCCCUGGGAGAAGGCGGACAAGAUCACAUAUCUGCAGACGGUGCUCAAGGCGCGCGUGGGGCGGUCCCGCGAGCACGCCAAGAAACGAGCGAUGGUGGCCAUGGUAGGCGACGGCAUCAACGACUCCCCCGCGCUGACCAAAGCCGACGUCGGGAUUGCCAUCGGAAGCGGCAGCGACGUGGCCAUCUCGAGUGCGGAUUUCGUUCUCGUCACCAACGACCUCCGCGCAGUCGUGACGCUGCUCGCGCUCAGCCGGACAGUCUUCAGGCGUAUCAAAGUCAAUUUCGGGUGGGCCGUCAUCUACAACAUCCUCGCCAUUCCCAUUGCCGCGGGAUGUCUAUAUCCGAUUACGACGAACGGCGGGCAACACGUGCGGCUGGACCCCGUCUGGGCUAGUCUGGCAAUGGCAUUGAGCAGCAUCAGUGUGGUCUUGAGCUCGUUGGCCCUGAGAAGCAAGAUCCCAUGGUUGGGGUUCCGAGCUAGGAAGAUUGAAUAG